CCCCCCGCACCCCCCUCUCAGCGCGGUGGGUAGUGGCGGCCGCGGGCCGGGAGCGCGGCGGGGCCGGGAUGUGGCGGCAGCUGAGGGCGCUGAGGGGCUGCGGGCGGAGAUGGCAGCACCGCCCGGCCAUCCAGGUGACCAACGAGCCCAUUCUGGAGUUCAAGCCGGGGAGCCCCGAGCGAGCGGCGCUCCAGAAGGCCCUCGCUGACCUGAAGGGCAAGACCGAGGAGAUCCCGUGUGUCAUCGGAGGGGAGGAGGUGUGGACACCCACAGUGAGGUACCAGCUCUCGCCCUUUAACCAUGCACACAAGGUGGCCAAGUACUGCUAUGCCAGCAAGGAGCUCAUUAACAAAGCCAUUAACGCUGCCUUGGCAGCCAGGAAGGAAUGGGACCUGAAACCUGUGCAGGACCGGGCCCAGAUCUUCCUGAGGGCGGCCGACAUGCUGAGCGGCCCGCGGCGAGCAGAAGUGCUGGCCAAGACCAUGGUGGGACAGGGUAAGACAGUGAUCCAGGCGGAGAUCGACGCCGCUGCCGAGCUCAUCGACUUCUUCCGCUUCAACGCCAAGUACGCCCUGGAGCUGGAGCAGAGCCAGCCCCUCAGCGUGGACAUCAGCACCAACUCCAUGGUGUACCGGGGGCUGGAGGGGUUCGUGGCUGCCGUGUCCCCCUUCAACUUCACGGCCAUCGGGGGGAACCUGGCGGGGGCUCCGGCGCUGAUGGGGAACGUGGUGCUGUGGAAGCCCAGUGACACCGCCCUGCUCUCCAGCUACGCCGUCUAUAAGAUCCUGCUGGAGGCUGGGCUGCCCCCAAACGUGGUGCAGUUCGUGCCCUCGGAUGGCCCCGAGUUUGGGGACACCGUCACCAGCUCCGAGCACUUCUGCGGCCUCAACUUCACCGGCAGCGUGCCAGUGGAGCAUUUGUGGAAGAACUUCUACAUGGUGCACUCUUCCCUCUCCUCCUUUUCCAUCCCUUUUCCCUUUUCCCGUGUUUCAGAGUGUGGAGGGAAGAAUUUCCACGUUGUGCACAUCUCUGCGGACCUGAGCAGCGCCGUGAACGGGACCCUGCGCUCUGCCUUCGAGUUCGGCGGCCAGAAAUGCUCCGCCUGCUCCCGGCUCUACGCUCCGGCCUCGCUGUGGCCCCACAUCAAAGAGAAGCUGCUGGAGGAGCACGGGAAGAUCAAAGUGGGAGAUCCCACCCAGGAUUUUGGGACCUUCUUCUCGGCGGUGAUCGAUGCCAAGGUGAGCUCAGAGCGGGCCCCGGGCUCCCCCAGCUGUGGGCUUGGGGCAGCUGGGGCCGGGUGUCAGCUGAGCACCAAUGACAAACCCGGGGGUCCCCACUACAUCCUGCGCUGGACGUCCCCUCAGGCCAUCAAGGAGACGCAUGUGCCGCUGCGGGACUGGCGCUACGCCUACAUGCAUUCAGGCCUUAAACCAGGUGUUAAAUCAGGCCUUAAACCAGGAGUGAAACCUGGAGUUAAAUCAGGCCUUAAACNGGAGGUGCUGGAGCUCAUCGACACCACCACCCCCUACGGCCUCACGGGGGCGCUCUUCGCCCAGGAGAAGGCUGUCAUCGAGGAGUCGCGGAGGCUGCUGCGCAACGCCGCCGGCAACUUCUACAUCAACGACAAAUCCACGGGGGCCGUGGUGGCCCAGCAGCCCUUCGGGGGCUCCCGGAUCUCAGGUGACACCAGGGCUCCCCCCCUGCUCCCCUCCGUGUCCCUGCUGUCCCCUGGGGCCCUCCAUGGCCUUCCUGUCCCUCCUGUGCUCCUUGUCCUGUGUCCCUCCAGUCCUCCUUCUCCAAAUCAGGCCCCUAAUGCCAUUUAA